GGUACAAAAAUCACUCCCACUCCCAACUCUUUGCAGUUUACACUAAUGAGCCGAGCAUUCUCAUCAAAGCUCCCAACGAAACCUUCACCGCCAUCGUCAUCGUCCGCGGCGACGGCGACGGCGACGACCAAGACUCAUCGGAGGAAGAAAAGGAAUGAGCUGCAGCAGCAGAGCAUUCGGAAUCCAUUGCAGGAUCUCAAUGCCGCCAUAUUCAAUACCACUAUUCAGCCAUCUUCUUCUAUCUCCAUCGAAGCGCCCCGAGGCUGCCUCAGGUUUUUUCUAUCUCAUUCUUCUGCUGCUUCGUCUAAAAUGCCUGUUCAUGGACCUCAUUCCAGAACCCAUAAAUCGGCCCCCUUGGUGCCAUCUUCCAAACCCUCCAAGUCCAAGGAGAAUCAGAGUAGAUGUAGUAUUUUUCUGAAAAAUUCGGAGAAACCCCAAAAGCCAAUUUCCACAAAAGUUCGAAAGAAUAACUCUUCUUGUCUCUACCAAUGGCAGUCUGCGAAGAAAUCUAGAUCCACAGCGGGGCAACAACCUAAAACUUGUUCAAUUUCGAACUCAAGUGGCAUUUCUGCCAAUGAAUUGGAGUCUGGGUCAGUGGUAAAAGGCCUGGUUGAACUCGAACCAUGUGCUAACGAUGAAACUUUUACGCCAUUGAGUAAGAUAGCGUCUGGGUGUCGUUCGGAUUUUAGAGUUGAGAAGGCCAUAGAAGAGAAUUCUAGGAAAGAGAAAAGCAAAACUCCUCCUAUUCAGGCCUCUGUGUCUCCCGAAAUACAAUGUGGCUCGUCGUCUGUGGUUUCAACAACUACACCUGCUUGUUAUGGAGCUGGCCAUGUGGUUUCUGGGAUCACAGACAAGAGAAAGUGCCGGCCUAGAGGGCUUCUCGCUGUGGGAGAGAAUGAUUCGGGUUUUGGUAAAGGUAAAGCGUUAGGUAGUUUUGAUUAUGAUGACGAUGAAGAAAUUGUUGACAGGGUUUGUACCGACUCUGAUGCUCCUUUGAUCCCCUUGCCUUCUGAAGCUUCAAUGUAUUGGCUUUUAUCACCAUGUCGUGAUGAGGAUAAGAACAAGAAAGAUAACGGUUCUUGUCAAUCUAAGAGUCCUGCAGGGUCCAUUAGUCUUCAUUCUUCGUCUUUGCCCUCAAGUAGUCAUGAGUUAUCUUCAGAUGUUUGUAAUACAGCAAGUGCUACUUAUAGCAGGAAGGAAGUUUCUGUAAACUCUCCGGGUGGAAUAGCUGUGUUUCGAGAAUUAUUGGAGCCCUUGAAUCACCAUUCUCCACAUAGCACACAUGAUUAUGCGGCUUCCACCUUGAAAGAAGGAAGAAAAUGCCCUUAUUAUUUUGAUGGUGAAAACUCUCCAUCCUCUAUGGAUUCACUGGGUAGUGGAAAUGUUAUACUUACCCCGGGAUCCAACUCGGGCUCGGAUAGAUUUGCCGACUUAAUACGAUUAAGUACGGACAAUCAUAUGAAAAGUAAAUUUGAUUAUGAACUCAAUUCUGUGGUUGAGUCUCUUCGGAAGACAAGCUUGUCUCCCAACAGCAUUGAACCAAAUAGGAACAGCAUUGAUUUCAGUUUUCAGUUUGAUUCUGUUAGUACAUCUUGCAGCUCUGUUUAUUUUAAUCAGUUCAAGCAAGUACUUGAUGAUCAGGCUUCUUGGAACUCAUGUUCUACACUGGAUAAUGACUCACAAUCCCAGAUGAGGAUAUCUUGGAGAGAUGGAUUAAUGAGCCAGAUAUAUGAGAUGGAUGAAUUUGAUUGCUGCAGAUGUCUAUCAGAUGAAGAGGAAGAUGCCAAUGAUUGCAGUCAGGACCAAUUAUUAUCCAGUGGAUGUUUGGAUAUCAAUACAAAUACGAGUAAGAAUCAAAGUUUAACUAAAUCUGAUUGUUGGUCUGCUGAAAUUUUGGAUAGUGAACCAAGAGUAGAAGAAAAAGUUCAAGAGAACUUCUAUUCUGGAACUCCUCAAUUAUCAUAUUCGUGUGCGGAGUCCAUCAGCACUGAUGGAGGUGGCCUGCUUGCUUCGGCAGAUUCAGAGUGGGAUUUUUGCUACAGGAAUGACCUGUUCCAAGUAUGAUUUUUUUAUUAAUAUAUCUUUUUUUUAUUCUUUGCUCCCGUGACCCUCUUUGAAUAAGCUCUGAAUCACACUUGGUACUAAUUGUUCUUGGGUCACUUUGUAAACAAAUGAACACUGUUGUAUAAUUUUUCUUCCCUUAGUUUGAUUUUGAUUUGGUAUCAAGAAUUUUACUACUGUAUAAGGUUUUCAUUGCUGUAUUCCAAGCCUUGGUCAGUUUGUAGAUGAUGCCACUGAGCACUGAGCAAUAGUCGAAAGUACAGACAAGUGUUCUCAGUAUCCGUCUAAAGGCUUGAAGCUGAAAAAAAAAACUGUACCGCAACAACUCUGGUUGGAGAAACUCUUCUAGUAGAAGCAUUCGUUAUUCUCAAUACAAGCAUGAAUCUUAAGUUUGUAGACUUACAUAUCAUCAUACGAAUAAAAACUGACAGCUAGUCAUCUUACUUCUGA